GAGAAUGUUCUAAAUGUAUCAGUGGCUUGGGUUAAAGUCUUUGUGGCUCGACAGCACAUCUCCAAGAGGGCUCAAUACCAUCUAGUCCCCAGAAGAACAGAAGGUCAGGACGUGCAGGCAGUGAAGACCCAGGAAAACUCACCCAGGUCUCAGCAAUCUGUGGUUUAAAAGCCUUCUGAGCUGCGAAUGAACAUAUCGACUUGCUUUCUGAAUCCAUCUGAUUUCUUGGCAUCCUGUAUCCUUCUGCAAGUUCUGCAGCUUCACUGUAUUUUAUGUGAAGAACUGUUGUCUUAAGUAUUUUUUGAAACUGUCAGCUGGUUUUGUUUGUCACCCCAAGUCAUGGAAAUGGAGGAUAAGGUGAUCAGUCCAGAAAAAGCUGAAGAAGCAAAAUUGAAAGCAAGAUAUCCUCAUCUGGGCCAGAAGCCAGGAGGCUCAGACUUCUUGAGGAAGAGGCUUCAAAAAGGACAAAAAUACUUUGAUUCUGGUGAUUACAACAUGGCUAAAGCAAAGAUGAAGAACAAACAACUGCCUACUGCAGCUCCUGACAAGACAGAAGUCACUGGUGACCAUAUUCCUACUCCACAGGAUCUUCCACAGCGGAAACCAUCUCUUGUUGCUAGCAAGCUGGCUGGCUGACCAGAACAGCUGAACUGCAUGAUUAUUCUCAUUCCUGUUAUUUCUCCUUAAUAGUUAUUUCUCACCCUCACAUCCCCCUUUUUCUUUCUUACACUAAGUCACGAGACUGACAGCUUUGCAGGUAGCGAUAGCAUGUGCUGCUAUUGUAAGGGAAUACUGUUAAGAGUAAAACGUGUAGUAUUUGGACUAGUUGAGAACAAUGCACUGAUUAAAAAGGACAGGUUUGGUUAGAGCAAUGUAAUCUACUUGAAAAUGUACAUAUUGCCCAUUUCCUAGUGUAGGACUGGUUCCAGCAAGUGACAUCGCAAGUUUUACAACUUCUAAUGUUUCUGCUUUUGUUAUUUCAUCUUAAUUACAGCAUAUUUGUAUUUAAUAUAACCUCCAGUUGUGUUGGGUUUUUCUUCCGUGUUUGGGUUUGUUGUCUAAAAUAGAGGUUUAGACCACAAGUUGCUAGAUGGUAAAGCAUGUACAAAAACCAAGACAGGGCUCUGAUUGAAUUUUGUUUCUGCUUUUGAACUUGAACGGCCUUAAACCUGUUUCAGCUUUAACAAUAGAGUUUUUACUUGGGCAAUAUUUGCCCAUUCUGGUGUAACUCUUGUGAACCUAGUGCUUAUUGACAACUGCCUGUUGAAGCUGGUAUUCUUUUCAGUUCCGUAGCUUAGGACACACUUUUGUUGAAGAUGUGAAUGAAGUGUGCAUGUGCAUAGACUGUUGAAUUCACUCUUGUGCCAUUUUUUGUAAAUACAAUAGUUUUGCACAACCUUUUGCAAACGUCUAUUAGUUUUACAUUUUAAAAAGCAGAUAAUGUGCCAAUCAAAGCACAAGUGAUUCUGUAUCUUUCAAAGUCUUGUCCUGAAACUGAGAGCCCAGAAUCUUCCUACUGAAAGUGAAAAUUGUCUACCUGAACUUUGUGAAACACAUUUACACUUGACUGAACCCUAUACUUUUGCGGUUGUAUAUUUAAUUUCCCGACAAUGUCCAGCAUUCAAAUAUAAAUCUGGAAUUUGUACCUAUUUUUGCAGGCAAGUGCCCUUUCUGUUCAGCUUAAACAGCAGCUGUUUAAGCUUUUAAAGCUGAAAUGCUCUGUCUGAUGACAUGGAAGAUGGCUAAAUGUACUGUUGUAGAGAGCUGCCUGGGUGGCAGACAGCAAAUCUGGGCUCACUAAGGUCUGAUAUAAAAUUGUCUUUGGGCUAUUUUAGACUUCUGGAAGCAGAAAGGUCUAAUUUUCUUCUUGGACUCCUGAAGAGGUAGUAAACUAUCUCCUUUUCAUGAUACAGCAACCCCUCAUUGGCUUUGGGGAAACAGAUGUAUGGAAA